AUGAAUGGCGAAAACUACACAUCUCAUUCAUUGGAGAAUGACGAGAAGCCGCCGAAAAUUAUAAAAAUGUGGAUGGUAUUUGCGGGAAUUGCGGUUCUUGGCAUUAUCCUCAACCUAGGUCUUCUCAUUCGCCGAAAAUUCACCAUGCAUCGCAAAUCGUCAACGACACGCUCGUCGCUUUUCCUGCUCGGCACGAUGGCCGCCGCCGACACCCUCUGCCUAUUCUCGUUGCUCUUCCUUAUUUGCCUCCGAUUUUUCGCGCUAGAAAACCAUCCGCAUUUCCUGACAUUUGUAUGCAAGCUUAACGUCUUUGUAAUGCACACAACCUCAUCAUUCUCAAUUUGGUGCUGGUUGGUCCUAUCAGCCGUUCGUUAUAUGGCUGUCUAUCGUCCCUACGCUCACUUGAAAAUGAAUAAAGAGCCAACACUUGCGGUGCUCGCCGUUGCAAUAUUUUGUUGCGUUUCUGAAGUUUGGGUGCUUUGGGACAUAGAGUAUGACAAUACUCAUAAAUAUGAGAGAUUAACAGGAAUGUUGAUUUUGUGA